GAAACACACAUUCUUCUCAUACUGCAGACCAGGCAGGGGGAACUUCCUGCCGUUUCUCCCACACCGCUUCCUCUUUACAGUGUAGCAUGAAACUUGCGGGGAAGGACGAAGUCUUUGUGGCAGCGAAGAGGUUCCCUUUCCUGGAAAAAAGGAUUCGAACUCGCAGCGAAAGCCAAAAGUGAGCAGCAGCAGAGAAUUGGGUUGGUGUAAAAGGAGGUUCAGUGCAGCCGAAGGAGUCGCUUCAGUUCGCUUCGGAGUAAAUAAGAGUAAACGAUGUUUCCUCGAGCUGACUGACCAAGAAAGUGAACGGAAGCGGCUCUGCAGAAAGGGACUGUAGACCGUGGGCAGGGUUUGUCCUUCCAUGAGGUGGGUGAUUGAUGUGAGGCAGAGAUGAGGACGACAGCUGAGGAAUCAUCAAACAGCAACAACAGUGUGGGUGGUGGAUUGGGUGGCGGCAGCACUGUCCUGCAGCGCCUCCUGCAGGAGCAGAUGAACCGUAAUUACAUGCUGCAACAGCAACAACAACAAGGAGGAGUAGCAGGGGGAGGUGGGGGCUACUCAGGACACGGACAGGUUGGCCCCUCCGAUGAUCACUCCAUGACCCCCCACAUAGCUCGACAAGAGCCCCAGGGCCAGGAGCUGCAGACAGACAAUGGCCUGGAGAAGUUGGGCUCCACCAGAGUAGGAGGAGGGGUUGGGAGCAAUGGUGGAGGUUUCGGGACUGGGGGAGGGAGAGGUGGCAGCAUUGGAGGGCAAUGCCCAAAUCCAGAGGACCUCCCUACCUAUGAGGAGGCCAAAGUACAGUCCCAAUACUUCCGUGGCCAUGGUCCUCCUACUCAGUCACAGCAGCAAAACAACCAGCCUCAGCAGCCUCCUCUCUCAGCUUCAGUGGGUGCUACCUUCUAUGUCACUGGGGUAACCAGCACCAAGGUGCGUACUGAGGGUCGCCCAACUGUGCAACGAGUGAGUGGUGCAGGAAAAGUGCACCAGGAUGAUGGGCUGAAGGAUCUAAAGCAAGGGCAUGUUCGGUCUCUCAGUGAAAGACUUAUGCAGCUCUCCCUAGCCACCAGUGGCGUGAAGGCACAUGCUCCUGUCACAAGUGCCCCUCUCUCCCCCCAGUUAUCCCCACCAGGCCCACAGAGUGACUUCUACAAGCCGCAGCAUCGUGGCCCCCCUCCAGACUACCCCUUCAAAGGAAUCGGCUCACCUUCAAAUCAGCAGGAACCUGGAGGCCAUUUUUACCAGGAGCAGAGAGGGAGGGAGCACUCGAGGGAGCUGCUUCCUGUCCGAUACCAGCCACCACCUGAGUAUGGUUCAUUCAGGUCCAGUAAGGAUGGUUCGCUUCACUCCCAGAGGCCCCUUCACCAGCACAGUCCCACAUCCUCUGUCACCUCGGUUGGCUCCUUGUCCCGUGCUCAGUCCACCCUCAGCAGCACGCUCGGUGCCUCCCACUCCUCCCAUAUUUCCUUUCACCACCAGCACCCCCAGAACCAUGGUGAGCCUUUCCAUUGCAUUGGGCCCCGCAGUCCACAGAGUCCUAGUAUGCAACAUGCAAGUGAGCCCUUGAACUUAGGGACGAUUCAUCCACCCCUACAGAGAGGUCAUGGUUUCUCACGUGACCCCUAUGGCUCUACCCCAAGGAUGCACCAUCAGCAACAGCACCAUCAGUAUCAUCAUCAUCAUCAGCAGCAGCAGCAGCAGCAGCUGCAAGGACACUUCCAGCUGCCAGUCCAGGCUGGAAAUUUCCCCCAUCCGCACUCCUACUCCCAACUGCAGGGAGAGCCCUUUGCCAUGAUGGCACGUACCCACCAGGUGGUGGAUGUGUUGACAGAGGAGAACAGGAUGUUGAGGCAGGAGAUGGAGACGUGUCGUGAGAAAGUCACCAAGUUGCAUAAGUUGGAAACAGAGAUCCAGCUGGUGUCUGAGGCCUAUGAAAAUCUUGCCAAGUCCUCCUCCAAGAGGGAGGCCCUGGAGAAAACUAUGAGGAACAAGCUGGAGCUGGAGGUGCGCCGGCUGCAUGACUUCAACAGGGACCUCCGAGAACGCAUGGAGACGGCCAACAAACAACUUGCUGCUAAAGAGUUUGAUGGCUCAGAGGACAGUCGCAAAACCAUCUCCCAGCUGGUCACACAGAACAAAGAAACACUUCGUGAGAAGGAGAAGCUGGAGAUGGAGGUGAACUCACUGCGCUCCACCACUGAAGAUCAAAGGAGACACAUUGAGAUCAGAGACCAGGCACUCAACAAUGCUCAGGCCAAGGUAGUCAAGCUGGAGGAGGAGCUGAAAAAGAAGCAGGUUUACGUGGAGAAAGUGGAGAGGAUGCAACAAGCCUUGGCUCAGCUUCAGGCAGCUUGUGAGAAGAGGGAGCAACUCGAGCAUCGUCUCCGUACGAGACUGGAAAAGGAGCUGGAGUCAUUGCGCAUGCAGCAGCGUCAGGGAGCCUCUCACAGCAGUGGUGGGGUCCCAUCUGAGUACAAUGCCACAGUGCUGAUAGAACACCUACGGGAGAAGGAGGAGAAGAUCCUGGCUCUGGAGGCCGACAUGACCAAGUGGGAGCAGAAAUACUUGGAGGAGUGUGUGAUGAGGCAGUUUGCAUUGGAUGCCGCCGCCUCUGUCGCCACGCAGAGGGAUACAUCUGCAUCAAUGAUCAGCCACUCUUCCAACAGCAGCUAUGAUACAUCAGUAGAGGCUCGAAUCCAGAAGGAAGAAGAAGAGAUUCUCAUGGCCAAUCGGCGCUGUCUGGACAUGGAAAGCAGGAUAAAGAAUCUGCAUGCCCAGAUCAUAGAAAAGGAUGCCAUGAUCAAGGUGCUCCACCAGCGCUCAAGGAAGGAGCCCAUCAAGUCAGACCUACCGUCUGCAAUGAGGCCCUCCAAGUCCCUGAUGUCAAUCUCCAACAGUGGCUCCGGUGGAUCAGGACUGCUCUCUCACAGCUUAGGACUGAGUAGUUCGCCCAUCACUGAAGAACGCAAGGACACCUGCUGGAAAGGCAGUCUGGGGCUUCUGCUGGGUCCUGAGUUUCGUACAGAGUCUCUCAGGACAGAAUCAAUCUCCUCAUCCCCCUCCCCAGUGCUUCCCUCCACCCCGAUGACCACAGGCCAUUCAAAGACGGGCAGCAGGGACAGUUGCACGCAGACCGACAAGGGUCAAGGUCAGGAUACCAGCAAGCCCAGCACUCCAGCAGUUCAGAGCAUGACACUGCCUGCCCGCCUUUCCAGCCCCGGCCCCAUCUACAUCCCUGACCGCAUAGCAGGCCCUUUAUCUCCAGGUAGAGAGAAGAUGAGGGGGGGAAUUUUCCAGAGCCAAGAGAGCUUGGUGAAGCCAGAUGUGGCGGCGUUUCACAGCAGCACCCUGGAGCGGAGGCAACCUGUCCAGUCCCACCUACAGCAACAGCUCCACCCAUUAAAUCCAUCCAUCCAACAGGAACUGGACAAUGACAUGGUGGAGAUCCUCAUCUGAUAGAAUGACCUCUCGAAGAAAACAUAUAAAUGAAGAUGGCAGUUAAAUUAGAACAAACACAACAACAUGUAAAUCAUCCUGGCUCAUUCCAAACACCAGCUGACCCUCAUGAGACACAUUUUCUAAUCUUUACACACGCAUGCAUUCAAACACAUUUUCUUUAUCAUUUCACCAAAUCACUGUUUGUUAUAGUCAUAUGAAAAACCUAUUAAAAGAUAAAAGCAGAAUUGUGAUAACCUCUGCUUUUCCUAAACUUGAAGUGGAAGUUUAUGGCCUUAUAUUUAUCUUUAUAACUGUGAUGGUGAUAAUGAACUUAGGGACUUAUGUUUGAGGUUUAAUGAAAGUCUUUGAGAGUUUUCAUUCCUUUUGUAUUCUUGAAAAAGUUGACAGGAAUAAUGAGAUGGAAUUUAAACAGGGUAUUUACUGGGUGAAAAUUAGGCAGAGGUGGUACCGUCAGACCUUGCAGGGGUGGGGGAGCCAUGCACAGCUCCACUUCCCAGGUACAGUGCACUGAGCAGGGGCAAAGACCCAGGGACCUCUGACCCCUCCACUGCCCAGGCUAGAGUGAGCACAUCCCUGCCACAGCGCCACCAAGCCUUGGGCAGACACCCAGGGAUCGAUAAACAGCUCCACUAAGUCCGCUUACAGUGUUCAUUUUGGGUAUUUUCAUAGAUGUGUGUACCGUAAAAAAGUUAUAUUUUACAGUUGUCUCUGUCACUAAUUUACUGCCCCUCUCUGUGUCUCUAUCAUUUUUGCACUGUGCACUGCCAACCGAAUCAAGCCAAACUGAGCCGUCCUGCCAUCUCUUACGGCUCUCCAUACAUUGCCGAAGUUCACAAAUUCUGUUGUUUUUACCCAGUCUAAGUUUACACAUGGGUCUGAUGACACAGUUUGUGUGAGUGUGUCUGGCUGUCUGCUUGUUGGCAAGAGAGGAAGAGAGCGAGCGGAGUUUGAACAGCUCUGAAGAAAGAUUUAACUAAUUUGGUAAAAGUAUGGAUCAUUUUGUGGUGAUCAGUGUUUAUGUUGUGGCGUCAUUUAAAAUAAAUCAAUGUUUAACCUGAAGAACACAAGGAACGCACUUUGUUUAUAGUAAUCAACUGCUUAUAAUGAUCCAUUUGGCCCAGGAUAAACAUGAUCACUACAAGCUGUUUCCACUGUACUAGAAUUUUGUCGAGAGGCGGCAUAAAAUUUGAUGGAGGCAGUUGCCUCACAAUACUCUAUGCAGUAAAAAAAGACCUGAUAUAUAUGUAUAAAAAGAGUAGACCAAGCUCCACCUAAAAAAGGAAAUUUCGCUCAUUAUCUACUCACCCUUCAGUGAACUCUCCCUUUUAAGGUAAAAUAUUUAAUUUCUUUGUUAGUAUUGCAUGAGUCCCAGUGGUUGGUGACAAAGGUUUUGUUUGAAUGCAAUACUUUUUGACCUGGGGGGUUGUCAUAAACCAUAAUACUUUCAGCAGAUUUUAAGAACUUUCUAGAGGCUUACCAUCUAGCAUUUUUCUUUCAUAACAUGCAAACGAUGCCUAGAAAUUAGACUAAACAAAGCAGCUUGUUAUUUGAACAUGUGACAGAUCUGUAAACUAUCUCAUGCAGUGUUGCUGGAGCCUGGUUAGCUCCUUUGGACCAAAUGUCUUGGCUGCCUUUUUGUUGCAUUUAAUUGCACUAAUUAUCUUUGAAGUGUUUAUUUUUUGCUAUUUUAAUUCUUUAUUACUUCUGACAUUAGGUAUUGUAUUUAUAUGUAAUGUAUUACUGUAGUUAGACACAGCACUUGCAUAAUCAGAAAUGAUGUCAAAUAUAAAACAUUAAUUGUAUAUAUAGUUUUACAUAAUGUAAGUACUAUAUUGGUCUUUGUAACUGUGUGACAUGGUGGAAUCUGAGAGUUGAACCUUACAGUUGUGUUACAUUUCAAGAACUGUUAGUGAGAUGUGAUGUCGCCUGUAUGAUAGAAGACCCCUUUUUCCUGCAAAAUAACCUCAAGAUAAAGUCCUCACGGUUCCUCCUGAAACAGCCCCCGACUAAUAGAUGUAGUUGGUCGGUCACAGGUCGUCUCAAACAGGCAAAUGCUGAUGCAGAGGUGACCAUGUAAAGGAGGGAAGUUUGAGUGUUUUGGAAAGGUGACCACUGGGACUCUCCGCAACAAGGUUGCUGCCUACAUGACCCCACUGGUUUGGGUCACUGUCAAGUGACAGAGACUCUUUAUGUAAUGAAUUCAGUAUUUCACUUACCAUUGUUAAACAACAGUAUGGAGGAGAUUUGCUUUUAGUAUGAUGCACGUAAUGGAACAAAACUGACAGAUGUACACUUUAUUAUUAAUAGCCACUUAUGUGACCGUACCUACUACCCACAUGACUUGUCAGUAUAUAAAUGUUUUUUUUUUAAUUCAUUCAAAUAAACACCAGCCUUGGCACUGUUACGCAGUGUUACACUAUGUCUGCUCCUCCAUCAGAAUGUUAAAUAUGAUUUCUGUUGUGUUAUCAGAUAAAGACAAUCUACUUUACACUAUGCAUUAUAUAAUGCUUUGUUGACCAAAGGUCACAGAAUGGAUUCAAAUCUGCAGAUAAAAUUAUUCUGUAAAGUCAAGAAGAGCUCAAUCCUCAAAAUGUUCAUAUUUCAGUCAGAUGAAAUAAUGUUCAAGUCCCUCUAAAAACUUCAAGAUAUUAGCAGGAAAUUAAAGUUUUUUUAGUGGUGACUGGUAACCUGGUUGACCUAUUCCAGGAUACAAUGUAGCAAUAUAUUUUUUAUGUGUGUGGUUAAAUAUUUCGGAUGAGGUUAAUAUAUUCUAAUUAAAUAUUUCAACUGAAAACCAAACCUUUUUGACCAAAUAUCUAUUAAUGGUCAGCCAAUGAAUGUUUCAAAUUUAGAUGGUCAGUAGUAGCAUUUCAUGGCGAAGACACACUGAUAUGUUGUAAGUUACCUGAUGAAAUAAGGACUCAGACCACUACUUAACCUCCUCAUCAAAAAUGAUGUUAUUUUUUUCUCAACAGAAAUCCACAUUCCUCAAUUGAGAUCAUGUGAAAAUCAAGUUGCUUUCCCUUUCUCGCACAGAAUAUGCAGCAACCUGUAUUUUGAGUGAAACAUGUUUAUUGCACUCAUCACAUUUUAGCUCACUGUUGAAUCCGUCGCCGUUUUAGUAUUGGUUAAUAGAUAUGUUGACAAAUUUUGCCAUCACUAGCACGUGAAGCUUCCUUCAUACUGAUAUUGUUAAAUGUCUAUCAAUGUGUUGCCAUGUGUCCUGUUCGGCUUAGCAAAAAGUUUAAAGACAUCUGACCGUCUGGGAAUCACAAAGCGUCAGGUGGAAUCAGUGUAGCUGGCUAAUGUUAAGAGUGCAAUCUUCACAAAGUAAUCAUUUGAAAAGCUGCUUUAUCUUCACAUUGACCAUAGAGAGUUUGGUUUCAGAGUUAAAUUGGUUUCCUCAGCCCAGACCCAUAUGAACUGGUCCCUUUGAGCAAAACAAACUCAGUAUUUGUGCAAAACUGAAUUGACCCUUCAGUUAGUGGGAUUCUCAGGCUUAGACCAAACACAUUUCACUGCAUGUUUUUUGUGUGACUUAUUUUGAGUAGCAGCUUUUAUUGAUCAGACAGAAACAUGCAAUGUGUACGGUUAGGGUCAGACGAGUUCUGUGUCAUUAAAGCAUCGAAUAGUCUAAUCUUGGGAGUUAAAUAUUCUGUGUUAUGACUCCAAGAAAGUUCAGGGAACGACCUGAGAAUAAGGAUGUCAGCAGAUACUCACAUUUGAGAAGUUGGAACCAGUCAAAAUUUAUUUGUGACAAAAUCAAUUAUUAACACCAAUAAAAACCAAGUCAUUGUUGACUUAUUUUUGUCAAUCAAUUAAUAGUUUCAGCUCCACACAAGGCACUUUUCUGAAAUAUUUUUCUAUCGGCCCUUAACAUGAACUGAUUUAGUGUCAAACAGUGCCAAUACACAUCCCUACAACGUUUCUGAAUCCUACAAAUUUGUAUUUUAACUUGAAACUUGGAUAUGUAACUUAAUAAUAACACCUGUCGGCUCAGCAUAGGCCUAUGUCCUGCUUCAUUCAGUCCACCAUGCAUAUACUCACUGGAGUCACUAUGCAGUGACUGCUUUUGAAAACUGUUUGUCUUUUCCAGGCACUUGUCUUUAAUGUUUCUAUACAGGCUCUCAAGUCAUUAAAACGUGUACUGUGCUUCCUGAAUGUACAAACAGUUUUUCAUAAUGUGAGAAAUUGCUGGCAAAGAAAAACUAAUUUAAAAAAGUUGUGAAGUCUGUUGGGGAGGACUGAUGAAGAUCUAGAUGUUUACUGGCUGUAGAAAAAUAGUAAAAAUGUCAUUGUC